GUUGUCCGGAAAACUUCGAUCAGGCCUAAAUACCUGGCUUUGUUUUGAAGCUUGCUCACUGCUGCUCUACUUGGCUAAAUACCUCGACAAACUCAUACUUUCUUCCUCAAUCGAAACCUCGAUGACCUCAACAAUCACUGUCCCUACCGGCUUCUCUUGGGUUGCGGCCGCACUCGCCUCCACAACGAUCCUGUUGAUGGGCCAGAGCAUUACGGUCUCGAAACACCGUGCGGCAGCUGGGAUUGCCUAUCCUCAAUUGUAUGCCGACAAAGAGGAGGCCAGCAAGAAUCCUCUGGCGCACAAAUUCAACUGCGUGCAACGUGCGCAUCAAAACACUAUCGAAAACAUCGCCCAAGUGUACAUGAUGACGCUGGUCCUCUCACUGACGUCGCCCCGUGCUGCCGCGACUGGGCUCGGUCUCUGGAUUGUCAGCCGGGUCGCAUACACCGUGGGAUACGCGUCAGGGAAGCCGGAGAACCGGAACAACAUCUUCAACCUGGGAACUUACCUUCCCGGCCAGCUCACGUUACUCGGCGGAUCGAUCUACAGCGCAUAUACCCUGGUAGCUGCGGGAAUCUAGUUUGAGUUGCAUCCCAAUAUGAUUCAGAGGCAGAGGACUUGUCCGUGGAUUUAGGACAGAUUAUAUAGAUACAUGUUGGUCGUGAGAUAAUUACAGUCUUCUCAUCUUAC